AUGUCGUCUGUCGAAUUCGGAUUUCUGCUCCCCAAUGGAACCCGUAUAGUGCACGGCACCGGAGCCGCCACCAGAGACGCCUUCCCUCCGGCUUUGGGCAUUCCGGGCCGACUCCAAACCUUCAGCGGAGGCCAUGUCAACGACCCGUCUACGCCUUGUUUUUGCGGACCUCAAGGAUUAUUACCUUUCGACACAAAGACGCGAAUGCCGCGCCAUGUGCAUAUGGCGCCAGACCCUGCAGGCAAAGGCCAUCGAUAUAUCGUUGAGAAGAUCAUGGUUAUGGAGGGGGUGGCAGUAGCCGAGCUUGGGGGCGAAUUCUACGUAAUUCCACCUCAUACCUUGGUGUUAAUAGGGGCUGGCGUACCACACACCUGGACUGCGUGCCCACCAGGAAUCGAUUUUGGGGCAUUAGGAUUUUCCACCGAGGAGAAAGUGGUUUCAAAAGGGAAAUUUGUGGCGGUUUUCGAAUAUGAAGCUCCUACUUCGUUCUUCCCGACAGCGCAAACAAAUACUCUGGCCACGGAAGAGGAAUAUGUCAGAUGCGACGAUCUGCACGCUAUCAGGAUUCCAGGCAUGACGGCAGAAGAAAUUCAAGAACAGGCAUGGUUUGUGUGGGGGAAGGAAAUUCGGAAGCUCUCCCCCUUACAUAACUAG